AUGUUCAUACAUAUUCGCUUUGCGGAAGAAAAUGAUUUCAUCAAAUGGGAAUUACCGAAACCAAUUAAAGUCGUAAAUGCGGACGGCACACCAAAUCAGAUGGGUACCAUUACCCACUGUACUUGGAAGAUGAUGAAGAUUAGAGGAAGGAAGACACUUACUCGCUUCCUCUUGACCGGCAUUGGCAAAGAGAAUAUACUUCUCGGCAUGCCAUGGCUUAAACACCUCAAUCCGAUGAUCAAUUGGGAAACCGGUGACUUUUGGCUUGGCAAAGAUGCCAAAUGGCCACCGAAACCCACCGUCAAAGAUGUACCAGAUGAAGAAGUUUCAAUUUUCAAGCAAGAUGACCUUCCAGAGUUAAUCACCACCGAAACUUCUCCGACCUCAUUUGGACAUUCAGAAUCUAUCAGAGAAAUCAUGGCCGAUAACACUGAGCGUGAACCCUCUAUGGAUCAGCUUGAUGACGACGAUCUAGUUAUCUCCUAUAUUGCAGGAGAACCAGUUAUUGGAAUAUUUGAACCCAUCAGGAAGGAAUCGCCUUUGACAAAUGAAGAGACUGGAACUGCAGUCUUCACCAUACGAAGAGGCCCCACCAUUGGAAGAAUGACACACAGUACUCGAUCCCCAUUAUUCUGCAAUGCACAGAAUACGGUCUUUUACAAACCAUCCAGUAAAUCACAGGAAUUGGCACAACAAGCACACAAGGAAGCAUCAGCUGCAGACAAACCCAAAACCGUCGAGGAGUUGGUCCCCAACUACCUCCACAAUUUGAAGUCAGUCUUUGAAAAGAAAGCAGCCGAACACUUCCCAGAAACCAGGCCUUGGGACCACGCCAUUGACUUGAAACCUGAUUUUAUUCCACGCGACUGUAAAGUCUAUUUGUUAUCGCUCAAGGAACAAGGAGCGAUGGAUGACUUCUUGAAAGAAAAUCUGCAAAAGGGAUACAUUCGACCAUCGAAAUCCCCCAUGGCCUCACCAUUUUUCUUCAUUGGAAAGAAAGAUAGAGCACUACAUCCCUGUCAGGAUUACCGAUACCUGAAUGAAGGGACGGUGAAGAACGCCUACCCCCUUUUGCUCAUUUCUGAGCUCAUGGAUCAACUCAAGGGUGCAUCGAUCUUUACGAAAAUGGAUUUACGCUCCGGAUAUAACAAUGUCAGAGUCAAAGAUGGUGACCAAUGGAAGGGCACGUUUAAGACAAACUGCGGACUUUUCGAACCUAUGGUCAUGUUCUUUGGACUCUGCAACUCCCCGGCAACUUUCCAAAUGAUGAUGAAUGCACUCUUCGAGGACAUGAUCGAUGAAGGAUGGAUAGUCAUUUACAUGGAUGAUAUCCUCAUCUUCUCGAACAAUUUGGAAGAACAUCACUGUUUCUUUGAUGUUAAGGAAGUCGAAUUCCUAGGCAUGAUUAUUCGAGAAAACUACAUUGGCAUGGACCCUAUCAAACUCAAAGGAAUUGCAGAAUGGCCUGAACCAAGCACGGUAAAAGGUGUUCGCUCUUUCCUCGGGUUUGGAAACUUCUACUGGAAAUUCAUUGCCAACUUCUUGCAUAUUGCCAAACCAUUGACAAACCUUACGUGUACUGCAGCUGGAUCUCCACCUUUUGAAUGGACGACAGAAUGUCAGACAGCUUUUGAUAUAUUGAAACAACGAUUCAGUACUGCCCCAGUGUUGUUGCUGCCUGACAAAGCAAAACCCUUUAUUGUCGAAUCUGACGCUUCCAAGUUUGCCAUGGGUGCAGUUUUACACCAAGCCGAUAUUAAUGGAGAACUCCAUCCUUGUGCCUACAUUUCACAGAUGCUCAAUCCAGCUGAACAGAACUACGAAAUCUAUGACCGUGAACUCCUCGGAAUCAUUCGAGCCCUUACCGAAUGGUGCCAUUACCUUGAAGGGUCUCCUCAUCCCGUUGAAGUUCGCAGUGAUCACAAGAACCUCACGUACUUCCGUACAGCCCAGAAGUUAAACUGCCGACAAGCACAAUGGAGUCUCAAAUUAUUGCAAUUCGACCUUCACCUUAUCCACGUCCCUGGCACUCAGAUGAUCCAAUCCGAUGUGCUAUCUCAUCGUAACGGACUCGAUGACAGUGAAAGUGACAAUGAAGAUUGCAUCCUUUUGCCUGAUGCACUGUUCGUGCGAUCCAUUUCCUCGACAUUAUUUGAUGAAAUCAGGAAUCAUGCAGCAAAAGACUUCAUUGUUCAUGAAGCCCUCGAAGCAAUUACGCACAAAGGGCCAUUUCCCAUGAAAUCAUCGCUCUCCGACUGGGAAGUUCACGAUGGUGUCAUCCUUUACAAAGGAAAGAUUUACGUCCCACCAUCCAAACCUCUCCGUCGCGACCUCGUUCGACUACAUCAUGACUCCCCCACCAUAGGACACCCUGGAAAAUUCAAUACUCUUGAACUAUUACACCGUGAAUUUUGGCGGCCCGGCAUGUAUGCAUUUGUCAACAAUUUCAUCGAAGGCUGUGCCGCCUGUCAACAGAUGAAACUGAAUACUCACCCAACUCGUAUUCCCUUGGAACCAAUCCCCGCAGACCCACAUGCAUUACCAUUUUCCUGUUGCACCACAGAUUUUAUCACCGACCUCACUGUUUCCAAUGGCUUUGAUUUAAUUAUGGUCGUAGUAGACCAUGACCUUACGAAGGGGGUGAUUCUUAUGCCCUGCCUCAAAACGAUCACUGCUGAAGGAACAGCCAAGAUUUUUCAUGACAAAGUCUACUCGCAAUUUGGAUUACCUGACUGA